UAUUAAAUUCUCACAACUCCUCACAUUUUAUAUCCCAAAUCUCACGCCUCAAAUUCAGUUAGGCAGCAACAGCAACAAUGACUCCCUACAUUGCGGGCGUCGUAGUCCCUCUCCUAGUCACCCUCCUCGUCCGCAACGCCUCCGGCGGCGGCGGCGGCAGAAGAAAGCGGCGCGCCGUGCCAGCAGACGUGGGAGGGCAGAAGGGCUUGGCAGUGAGGAACCGGCGCUUCGAGUCACUUGUGGAGACGUCAUGGGAGGGAGCCGCGACGCUGGCGGAGCUAUUUGAGAUGACUUGCAGGCGGCAUGCGGAGCGACUGUUGCUAGGGACACGGCGGCUGGUGUCGAGGGAGGUGGUGACCAGCGAAGACGGUAGAACCUUCGAGAAGCUUCACUUGGGAGACUACGAGUGGCUCACAUACGCCAAAACGUUCGAAGCAGUUUGCGGAUUCGCUUCUGGUUUGGCCACGUUGGGUCAUGUCAGGGAAGAGCGUGCUGCCAUCUUUGCUGAUACUAGGGAAGAGUGGUUCAUUGCGCUCCAGGGUUGCUUCAGGCGAAAUGUGACAGUUGUGACUAUUUAUGCAUCAUUAGGGGAGGAAGCGUUAUGUCACUCACUCAAUGAGACAGAGGUUACAACAGUGAUAUGUGCCCAAAAAGAACUGAAGACACUUGUAGGUAUUAGUGGACAACUUGAUUCAGUGAAACGUGUGAUAUGCAUGGAUGAUGAUAUCCCAUCUGAAGCCUCAUCUGUUGAGCAUGGAUGGAUCGUAACUUCUUUUGCUAAUGUAGAGAAGCUUGGUAGAGAAAACCCUGUUGAUGCUGAUUUACCUCAUCCCGCUGAUGUUGCCGUUAUAAUGUACACAAGCGGAAGUACAGGUUUACCUAAGGGUGUGAUGAUGACACAUGCCAAUGUCUUAGCAACUGUCUCUGCUGUGAUGACAAUUGUUCCUGACCUUGGGAGAAAUGACACAUAUCUAGCAUACUUACCAAUGGCCCAUAUCCUUGAAUUAGCAGCUGAGAAUUUGAUUGCAGCUUGUGGAAGUGCAAUAGGAUAUGGAUCUCCUCUGACCUUAACAGAUACAUCAAACAAGAUUAAGAAAGGAACAAAGGGGGAUGCUACAGUGUUGAAGCCAUCAUUAAUGGCAGCAGUACCAGCAAUCCUUGAUCGAGUGCGUGAUGGAGUGUUCAAGAAGGUAAAUGCAACUGGAGGGUUGUCAAAGAAGUUGUUCAACUUAGCCUAUGCUCGCAGGUUGCAAGCAGUUAAUGGUAGCUGGCUUGGAGCUUGGGGCUUGGAGAAGGCACUUUGGGACUUUCUUGUGUUUAGAAAGGUCCGGGCAAUUCUAGGGGGUCGUAUCCGUUUUAUAUUGUCUGGUGGUGCUCCUCUUUCUGGUGAUACACAGAGAUUCAUCAAUAUUUGUCUUGGUGCUCCAAUAGGUCAAGGAUAUGGUCUGACAGAGACUUGUGCUGGUGGGACAUUCUCUGAUGUUGAUGAUACAUCUGUUGGUCGUGUUGGACCACCUCUUCCAUGCUCAUUUAUUAAGCUAAUUGAUUGGCCUGAAGGUGGGUAUCUAACAAAAGACUCACCCAUGCCCCGGGGUGAAAUUGUAAUUGGUGGUCCAAACGUGACACUUGGGUACUUCAAAAAUGAAGAAAAGACAAAAGAAUCAUACAAGGUUGAUGAAAAAGGAAUGAGGUGGUUUUACAGUGGUGAUAUAGGGAGAUUUCAUUCAGACGGUUGCCUCGAAAUCAUUGAUCGCAAAAAGGAUAUUGUUAAAUUGCAGCAUGGAGAGUAUGUCUCCUUGGGAAAGGUUGAGGCAGCUCUUAGUGUUAGCCCUUUUGUGGACAAUAUUAUGUUGCAUGCUGAUCCUAUCUACAAUUACUGUGUGGCACUCGUCGUAGUUUCUCCAUCUACUUUGGAAGAUUGGGCCUCAAGUAAAGGCAUAGCUUAUUCAAAUCUUUCAGAACUAUGCAAGAGAGAAGACACUAUGAAGGAGGUGCAUGCGUCACUUGUAAAGGAAGGAAAGAAGGCUCGUUUGGAGAAAUUUGAGAUCCCUGCAAAAAUUGAAUUGCUUCCUGAACCAUGGACUCCAGAGUCUGGUCUAGUCACUGCUGCGCUCAAGCUCAAAAGAGAAGCAAUCAGAAAGGCUUUCCAUGAAGUGCUUUUGAAAUUAUAUGCUUAAAGAGUCUAACGACCAACUUAGAUAUGUUGGGCACUCCAACUGCGAAAGAAAGAAGCUACUGAGCCUUUUUUCCCUUCUUUCUUUUAUACCCUGGUCAUGGCAGUGGUUGAGUCGGAAAAUUCUUGUAUAAAUACAAAUGACAAGAUGUACUGAGAUGGAGAGGUUGUUAUACUCUUUUUUUUUUUUUUUCCAAGGAAGAGAUGUUUUUUGUC